GGUGCCAGCGCUGAGAUCCGCUCUGGUGGCCUCUCUCUCUCUCCCCCUCUCCCUCUCUCUUCCCCGAGGCUAUGUCCACCCAGUGCGGCGAGGGGGGCAACGCCAGAGGCACGCAGCCGCACGGGGGCUACAGAGCCCAGAACCAGCCCUACAAGAUGCACUUAGGACCCCCGCGGCUGGAAGAAUGAGCUUGUCUUUCCCCUUCCUCCUCUUCCUCAGCCACCUGAUCCUCAGCGCCUGGGCUCACGGGGAGAAGCGUCUGGCCCCCAAAGGGCAACUCGGACCCGCUGCCACUGACAGGAACCCGGGAGACUCUAGCAGCAGCAGGAGUAGUAGUAGCACGACGUCUUCCUCGUCUUCUUCUGCCUCCUCCUCCCCCGCAGCUUCUCCCAGCAGCCAAGGAAGCGGCUUGGAGCAGAGCAGUUUCCAGUGGAGUCCCUCGGGGCGCCGGACCGGCAGCCUCUACUGCAGAGUGGGCAUCGGUUUCCAUCUGCAGAUCUACCCGGAUGGCAAAGUCAAUGGCUCCCACGAAGCCAAUAUGUUAAGUAUUUUGGAAAUAUUUGCCGUAUCUCAGGGAAUUGUAGGAAUACGAGGAGUUUUCAGCAACAAAUUUUUAGCGAUGUCAAAAAAAGGAAAGCUCCAUGCAAGUGCCAAAUUCACUGACGACUGCAAGUUCAGGGAACGAUUUCAGGAAAACAGCUAUAAUACCUAUGCUUCAGCAAUACACAGAACUGAAAAGACAGGGAGGGAGUGGUAUGUGGCCCUGAAUAAAAGAGGGAAAGCAAAACGAGGCUGCAGUCCACGGGUGAAACCCCAGCAUGUCUCUACCCACUUUCUACCAAGAUUCAAGCAGUCGGAGCAGCCAGAACUUUCUUUCACAGUUACUGUUCCUGAAAAGAAAAAGCCACCUAACCCUGUAAAGCCAAAGGUUUCCCUGUCUACACCUCGCAAAAGUCCCAAUACAGUGAAAUACAGACUCAAGUUUCGAUUUGGAUAAUGUUCGUCUUGACCUUGUGAAAAAGAAACCACUCUUCCCCUCAGGAGUUUCGCCAGGUGUCUUCAGACUUGUGAAGAAAAAUAUUCAGAUACAGUUUCAGCUAUACUUAUACUGUAUGGAAGUCAGGGCAUUUAUUUCAUUUGGACUGAAACAAAAAUGUUUUUUGCUAGGAGCAGAACUGGAAUUCUUUGUUCCAAUACAGGAAGCAUACUGCUUCAGCUCAGUAAGACUUUGAAGCCUCUUGGUUUAUACUUAGUGGAUAUUUAGAAUUCUACCUGUUCAGAAAGUUAACUAGCCUGGACAACUCAUUUUUCUGACUUUUGCAGAUCAACCUGAAAGAACAUGCAUGAUACAUUUUUAUUUUGGGUUUCCAAAGAAUAUUUUGAUGAAGAUAAAAUAUUUUAUUAACUUUUGUUUUUUGGAUUUUUUGCUCUUUAAAAGUACCUAUGCAUUGAGCAUAUUUUCUUACUUUUAUUAUUUUAAUUAAUAUGACACAAGCAAUCAUUUUAAUGCCAUUUGUGAAUUAUAAAUGUGUUUGUAGCUUAUUCAUUAUAUGUGUAUUUCCUUUGCAAUUUUCUGUUCAUUGCACUAAUUUUUAUUUUUUGGCUAUACCUCAAGUAAUUUAAGUUUAGUUCUAUAUUUUAAAAUGCUUAAACAUUCUACCAUAGCA